GGUGCAGGUCCGCCACGGAGCCGCAGCACCGUCACCUCUGACUUCUGAGCCGCCGGCCGUCCUGGGCCGGGGGCUUCGCGUCCCCCACCCUGCGCCCCGCCACGCCUUCGGGACCUGAGCGCAUUCGAAAGCUCGGACGCCGGGCGGUCAGGAGAGUCCAUCCUCAGAGAGCCACGCCCAGCUCGGGGCGCGGCCCGGAGACCGCGACCUCGUCGGGAAGCCACCGGCCGGCGGCGGCGCGCACGGGGAUGCCGCGGCGCCCCGCCCCGCGGUAAUUUCGGGUUUUGUCUCGCAUGCGAUGAGCACCCACUGAUGUCUGGGCUUCCCACUUUCGACUGCAGACGCCAGCGACCCCGAGCCCCGCAGGACCAGGGCGCGGCGGGGCGGGAGUUUCCCGGGCCACGGGGGCGACCCGCGCCUACGCCGACAGGAAGAGCUCCGCUCCUCCCAACAGGUGCGUUCCUCAACGCCGGGAACCUGCUGCGUCGCUUUGCACAGGGCAACUCCGUCUCGUGCCCGGGCCUCGGCUACGCCCGCCAACAGUGACUGGAUAGGAGAAGACGGCGAACAUGUCUGAGUUUUGGUUAAUUUCUGCCCCUGGCGAUAAGGAGAAUUUGCAAGCCUUGGAGAGGUUGAAUACGGUGACCUCCAAGUCCAACCUGUCCUACAAUACGAAAUUCGCCAUUCCGGACUUCAAGGUGGGGACCUUGGACUCCCUGGUGGGUCUCUCCGACGAGUUGGGGAAGCUGGAUGCCUUUGCUGAAAGCCUCAUAAAGAGAAUGGCUCAGAGCGUGGUGGAAGUCCUGGAGGACUCGAAGGGGAAAGUCCAAGAGAACCUCCUGGCCAAUGGAGGUCUGAAGGAGAAAAUGAAAUGUCUAAAGAUUGACCUGACGUCUUUCGUGACUCACUUCGAGUGGGACAUGGCCAAGUACCCUGCAAAGCAGCCACUGGCGGGCGUGGUGGACACAUUGGCAAAGCAACUGGCGCAGAUCGAGGCGGACUUGAAGUCCCGGACGGCCGCUUACAGCGCGCUGAAGACCACGCUGGAGAACCUGGAGAAGAAGUCCAUGGGGAACCUGUUCACUCGGACACUGAGCGACAUCGUGUGCAAGGAGGACUUUGUGCUGGAUUCUGAGUAUCUCAUCACGCUACUGGUCAUCGUCCCCAAGCCAAGCUACUCACAAUGGCAGAAAACCUACGAGUCCCUCUCGGACAUGGUGGUCCCUCGGUCGACCAAGCUGAUCGCCGAGGACGGCGAGGGCGGCCUCUUCACUGUGACUCUGUUUCGGAAAGUGAUUGACGACUUCAAAGUCAAAGCCAAAGAGAACAAGUUCACUGUCAGAGAAUUUUACUAUGAUGAAACAGAAAUCAAAAGGGAGCGGGAGGAGAUGAGCAGGUUGCUGUCUGAUAAGAAGCAACAGUAUCAAACUUCCUGUGUUGCUCUUAAAAAGGGAUCCACCACCUUCCCGGACCACAAGGUUAAGGUAACCCCGCUAGGGAACCCCGAUAGGCCCGCUGCGGGGCAGAGCGACAGAGAGAGAGAGAGUGAGGGCGAGGGCGAGGGGCCCCUGCUGCGCUGGCUCAAGGUGAACUUCAGUGAGGCCUUUAUCGCCUGGAUCCACAUCAAGGCCCUGCGGGUGUUCGUGGAGUCUGUGCUCAGGUACGGGCUGCCCGUGAACUUCCAGGCCGUCCUCCUGCAGCCACACAAGAAGUCGGCCACCAAGCGCCUGCGGGAGGUCCUCAACUCCGUCUUCCGACACCUGGACCAGGUCGCCGCCGCCAGCCUGCUGGACGCGUCCGUGGAGAUCCCGGGGCUGCAGCUGAGUAACCAGGACUACUUCCCGUACGUCUACUUCCACAUCGACCUCGGUCUCCUCGACUAGCGGCCGGCGCGCAGGCGCCUGGGGCAGAGGUCUCCAGAGACGCUGCUCACGCCAGUUAGCCGAGUUUAGUUACAAUGAAACGCCCGGUCCUCUGAACUCCCAACUCCGCAGCUCCAUCGCCCUGUGUCUGAGACUCCCGCCGCCCCGCCUGUCCGGGCGGGAGUUUGAGGCGGGUGAGCACGGAGAGCCGGAGCCCCGGGGCCGGCGCACGGUGCCGUCGGGCGUCACGUCAGGCCCUGGCUUAGGAGGUGGACACUAAGUUCAGACAUUUAUCAGCACUGUCCAAAAUAUUGUUUUAUUCUUUAAUGGAAAAAGCCAUUAAUAUUCAAAUGAAGGAAUCACAUUAAAAAAAACCCUACGAGUAAGAAACAGCCUCAGACAUCCCAGCAGCAGUCGGGGAGGGCGGGCAGCAGCCCUGUUGUCCUCGACGUGACGUGACCGCGCACAGUCCUGCACUGGCUACAGCAAUUCAUAGAAUUUCUCAGUGUUUCUUGAGACGCAAAAGUUCACUGGUGCAGUGUUUGUAAUGGCCAUCCAGAGCGACUUCCUGGGGGGGGGGCGCCCCUUCACCGCUGCUGCGCCUCACAGCUCGUCCUUCUCCAAGUCGUCGAGCUCCACGUCGCUGAGGUCAAUGUCGUCCUCCACGGGCAGCUGUGGACAGAAACCACCGUCAGCCCCGCAGGCGGGGGCACCCCGGGACGCAGCCACCCCCGAGGCGGCUCGGGAGCUCUGGAAGGCUCCGGUCACGAGCCAGUCUCCCGCGUCCUGCACCUGUUACAGACGGAGAGCUAAGCGCAGAUACGUCACCGCCGCCUUUGAAGCGCAAAGCCGAGGGCCGCCCGGUGGGCGGGGGCAGACCCGCGCAGAAGCGAAUGCUACAGCUUUGCCUUCCCCAGCGCGGAGCCAGCGCACGCCUGGCUGAACGCUGCCCGGGGCGGACGAUCGGGGAGGUGACCUCUACGGCAGUUCAUCCUGGAUGUGCGUCAGGGACAUCCUGUGCCAUGCGGCGCUUCCAGGCGAGGCGGCAGUGCCUCAGGGAAGCGGUCCCUGCAGGGCUCCCCGGCGCAGGGCAGCAAGGCAGGCCGCCCACCCCGCCGCGCGGCCUCCCAGCACUCACCACGCCGUCCUGGCCGUCCCACGGAUCUCGCACACUGAUGGCAGGGAAGACCCCGCCUCCCACAGGGGCGGUGGAGCCACGCCCGAAGGACAGCUCCCUGGGGGGAAAGAGGAACCGGUCACGAUGGAUGGACAGCCGCCGGCCCCCUGGAGAAGUGCGCCUGCGCUGAGGCCGCUCGCCGCCCAGUCUCUGCAGACCAGCAGUGACGCCAGCCGAGGUCUACCAUCAAGCCAGUCGCUGCCAGCGAGGGCGCUCUGCCGAGAUGCAGUCACCCCGCAGGCCGCCCGUGUCUCCCAGACGCUCCUCGCCCGGCAGCGCCGCCAGCCUUCCCAAGAGCCGGCGCGCAGCCUGAGGGCACCGCAGCCCCGUGCUGACCGGGGGCUGGGAGGCCAAAGCCAAACACUCUACUGCUGCAAGUCCGUGGGGUUCAUCCAACAACCCCCAGAAACUUAAGUCACUGAAGCCGGAAUAAGCAAGUCCAUGGAUCCACGUGAUCCAAGGUCUGGACACCCUGCUUUGGGCUGGAGAAGAACUCGGACGCUCGCAACCUUAGCAGGCACCGGACUACUCUAUGCAAACACCUGUAAACAUUAGCAGUUCCAGUGCGCCCACUGGGAGAUGAACUCCACAUGAAACUAGGGGAUGGGUGACAUCUCAGCCUGCUUUCUAGGCACGAUGUCCUGUUGCUGAAAGCUUUGACGGGACACCUGUGGAAACACCUACAGAUGAGACGGAAUGGACCAGAGCAGUGGGUGACAAAGUCUGGCCACUGGUGGGCACCUGCUGUCAGCCUGGUCUACUUUGUACAUAUUUGGAAAUCUCCAUGCUGUUUAAUGGCUUUCUUUAAAAAAAAAAAAAGAAAGAAACCUUGUUACUUUACAUUUUUCCUGAGUUUUGUAACAAAUGGAUCUAAACUACAAAGAUUCUAAAACAAAUGCUUUGAUGUUGUCAUUUUAUCAACUUGGAACACCUCAGUGCGAUGGCUGACAGCCAGCCCCAGGUCCUGUCCGUCUGGCUUCCACUUCCCAAUCUCCAGCGCCCCUCCAGGAGGCCGGCUCUCGUCAAACCAGAGGGCGGAGGUGCGGGAGGGGCGGGCCAGGGUCUGUUCCCCCACGCUGAGGAGGCUGCCUGCACGGUACAGCCCCCGGCUGUGCGCCAGGCGGGGAGGGUGCACGGCAGCAGGGAGAUGACGAGGAAGAGAGCGAGGCCUGGGCCCAGAAUCGCGUGAGGCCAGUCAGUGCCUUGUAUUUGCCCAGCAGGGUUAGGUCCACCCCAGGGUGCGCGGAGUAGGACCGAGGGCUCUAGAAGCUGGCUCCUGGGUCUGCACACUGGGGGGGUGACCUAAGACGCCCAUUUCCAAGAAAUGGAAACCGUGUCACUUAGCACACUGGACAGGACUGGGGGAGACGGGGCUGAGAACUGGACGGAGCCCAGGGCCACGCAGUGGCAGGCAGGGCGGUGUGGGGGCACCCGCUGUGCAGGGUAGCUCCCCAGAAACGGGGAUGUGAGAGCCCGGACUCUCUGGUUUCAAGUGCACGACUGCACACACCUGGUUCCAAACCCGACACCACACCUGACCCGAGCAGCAGACUCACCUGAGAAACUCGUUAAUGCCCUGCUCGCUGAACGACCCUUUGAGCAGAGCAAACUUCAUCUUGCGUGCGUUGAUGGCUGCCAUGGCAGGGUACCCGAACCCGCCGAUGCCCAGCGCCGACUCCAGCUCCGCCUGCGCCCCGGCUUCUGUCCACAGCCACCUAGGAAAGCAGGCGGCUGUUGAGGGCACAGAGGUCUUUCACAUUAGCUGGGCUCUAACUGCAGGCCUGCACAACAAGAAAGGGCGCCUCCUGUGCUUUGUGGGAUGGCACGAAUGCAGAAAGCAAAGCCAAGCGAGGCCUGAGAAGGCAGCUGAGACGCACUCCUCGCUCGGGCCAGAGCUCCCGGCGGCCUGCACGUCUGUGGUGCAGCACAGGAGGAGAGGCUGUGCGGUCCCAGCCCCCCAAACCUGCAGGCCCUUUCCCUGCCGUUCACCGCACGCCCCACCAGAGGCGUCUGGGCCGCUCUGCACACUCGUGUGUGGGAGGAACUCAUUAUGUGUUGACCCAGCGGAGCAGUGAGGCCGCGCGGAGGCACCGCUUUCCCACGCUGGGUGUCGAGGAUGAAGAUAGACGGGAAGGAGACAGAGGGAUCCAGCCCGCCCAGCGCUGAGCCAGGAGCCACCGUUCUUCCUUGUUCUCUGGCCGCCAAAGCUGCCCUAGAGCUGGCCUGGAAGCCCAGCCGCCCACCCACCAAAUGAGCCCUCUGACGCUGGUGCGGAGCACUCGAGCACGCGCACUGCUCUCUCCCUGCAGGACAGCCACGUCACCCCCGAGCUACACAGGCACAGCCCCACGGCCACCUCCCGCAGGCACCACGGAGCGCGCUCCCCGGCAGCCUCGCACCCACGUGACCCCGAGACGGGAAGCUCGGCUACUCACCCCCACAUUUUCUUUUUGUAUUUAUCGGCCAACUUCAGAAGAACAUCCAAAUACGAAUUUCUGCCUGCAGCUCCUGAUUGAGAGACAGGGAGUUCCCCAGGUGAGUCACGGCCGGCUCCAGGGAGCAGCCGGGGGAGGCUGUGCCGGGCUCACCUGUGUCUAGGAUGUGCGGCAGCACCGCCACGAUGCACAGCUGGUGUUCCUCACACGCCCUCUUGGCCACGUCCUCGUUGACGAUCUGCGGGGCCCAAGACAAGCCCGGCUGAGAGGCCGCAGGCCCCCAGCGCCCCUGCACACAGACCCUCCCAGAGCCGGCUUCCUCCUCCAGACACAGCAGUGCCGCCCGGGGAGAAGCCGUGUCUGGUGGGGCGGAGGCGCUAGUGUGCAGUCUGUCGGCCACACUGGCUGGGCACGGCCGGACUUCAGUGCCCCCACGCCACAUCUCCUGGCUGCACAGGGCCAAGGUGCUCACCUCCAGCAGCUCCGGGGGCGGGGCGUUGUCGGAGAACAGAUCCAGGGCCCGGGACACUAUGUCGGACCUCGUCCUCCCACCGUCGUAGUCCACAGGAGACUCGCCUUUCUGAAAUAUCUUGAUUGUAGGAAAUCCUCGAAUCUAGUAAAAAAUUAGAGUAAAAACAUCAACUUAGAAACACCACAAUCUUCCCGGCUGCCAGGACCGCCGCGCAGGAGUCGACCACAGUGCCUGCGCAGGCUGGAUCACCUGUUCCCAGGGCGCCUGUCACUGGGCUGGGCGUGGAGCUAACACAGGGCGCGUGCUCAGGGGAGGAGGCUGGUACUGAAGAGCGCCCAGACCCCAGUCCCGACGUACUGGACUGGCUUCCACUCGCUCCCAGCGGGGGCGGCCCCCUCUCCUCCUGCCUCACAGGCCUGCUCUACGGAAUGAGGCCGCGGACGGCAGAGGAGCCUGGGCGCGCACUCACCCCGUAUCUGCUCGACAGCAUCUGGUUCACGGUGGCGUCCACGGCCGCCAGCUUCACUUUCCCUUUCGUCUGCUCUUUGACCUCGGUGGCUGCGGCAGCCCACUCUGGCUCGAGGCUACAGAAAAACAGCUGCAUUGAAGCGUGCACUCCACCCAGCAGCGUGGACACCGCCACGGGCCUGUGCCAGUGGUGUCUCGCCGGAAGAGGAGAACCAUGGCGCCCCGGCCCUUCCCAGAUCGGACACCACCAGCCCUGCUCUGCACACACGACCGGGAAGCUGCCGUGCGCCCGCCGGUGUCCUGUGUCCCUCAGUCAGUCCUCUGCAGGAGGUCUUCCAAAACGUGCUAGAGCAAGGACUAAAAGCCCGGGCCACACAGCCGACGCGAGAAAGCACUUACUUUUUGCAGUGUCCACACCAAGGCGCGUAGAACUCAACCAUCCAGAUGUCGUCGCUCUCGAGGACGUUCUCAUCAAAGCUGUCAUCCGUCAGCUCAAUCACAUCCUUCUUACUUGCGCUGUCGCCUCUGCCCUGUCGUCAGGACAGAAGGUGUCACACGACAGCGCGGCCCCAAACAGCCCUCUCCAGUCUACACACAGAACAGCGCUCGCCUGGACGUUAGAAGGGAGUUUCCAGUUUUUCUUUGUGACUACACUAGGAAAACUUUCAAAUUGAGGGCAUCCUUCAUAUAAGCUCUGCCUGGGGCAGGGGCAAGGCGGGUGUAUGCAUUCCACAUCUAAGUUUCGUAAAAAGGGCAGGAGCGUGCAGUCUUUGGGUGAGCUGUCUAUAAAACAGCAGGGUUUACGGCCUUCUAGGAGUCAGAAACCAUUCUUUAUACACCUGUACGCUAACGCCUUUCAGUAAAAUACACGCAUCACGGUUAAGCUACAUGAUCCAUAUCCGGGCAUCUGAAGUGCCAAUGCAGGAACAGGCACCUGGUCCGGUGGUCAGGAGGCCUGGACCACAUGUACUGGAGGGUCUGCGUUUAAUUCCUGGCUCUGACUUCUGACUCAUUUCCUGCUAAUGUGAACCCUGGAGGACCGUGGUGACAACACAAGUCUCUCAGGCUCCUGCUACCCACACGGGAGACCCAGAUCGCGUUCCCACCUCCUAGGACUGCCCUGGUCCAGCCCUGCUGGCAGUGUGCGUUUGGGGGAUGGGAGCGGUCUUUCUAAUCAAUACAGACGAUACGCUUCUCCUUCCCUGUCCACUAUGGACAACUUCCUGACUGCCACGCACACAAAGCAGAGCUUGUCCAAGCUCCAUCGCGGCCUGCCCGGUCGACCUGGAGCAGUGCUGCGCCAUCCGCCUCCCCUCUGGAAUCCCGAGGCACGCGGGCUUCCCGAGCCCAGCUCUUGGGACCUGGAGCGCAGUGCAAACCCUCGUUUCAGCCCUGGCCGGGGAAGCCCAUCGCAGCCUGAACUGCAGUCCUGGCAAACCGGCUCAGGCACUGGUGAUCCCGCGGCGACCACGCUGGCACGCUGCCGAUCGAGGGACCUGACACCUGCUGUCUUUUGGUGGAAAGUCCACCGGUUUAAGUGAAACGUGACGCCUUCCUACGGGAGCCUGCUGCCAGGCUCGACAGUGGCCCUCAGGCCUCACCUGUCUUCCGGAGCUGUGGCUGCCACUCCUGCCGCCGAGCCGGUCCUUCACAAGCUGGCGCAGGGCGCUGAGUGCGGCGUCCACAAUCGCCUCGCCGGUCCUGCCCCCUGCAGGGUGGAGAGGAGAGGUCAGGAGGGACAGGCAGCCCCAGCCCAGCCCCGGCCCAGCCUGCAGCCCGCGCGCCAUCUCGGGCGCUCCGCGGACUCGCGUUUCCAGAGCUGACAGGCUCACCUGAGGUUGACCACCUGCAGCAACACAAGUGUUCACGCGGGAGCACUUCCCAAGGGUGCGCGUGCGCCGGCAUCUACAGCUGGCAGGACGCAGCUGUCCGGGCCACCACUGGUCUCCCCGCACGUGCACUGGCAGGGAGGCGUGCAGAGGGUGGCCAGGACUCAAACCCAGGCACUGUGAUGCAAGCAGCCCACGAUGGCUUCUCCCUCUUUCUGCUAUCUUGCUGAAAACACUGCUAAACUGAGUUGAAUCCUAAUGUAGGAAGUAACAAGCCUGAAUUAAAAUGCAUGGACCUGGGUCUGGCGCCGCGGCAUCGUGGGCUAAGGUACCGCCCGUAGUGCCACAUUCUAAAUAGACGCCAGUAAAGAGUCCCAGCUGCUCACUUCCAAUCCAGCUCUCUGCUAAUGGCCUGGAAAAGCAGUGGAAGAUGGCCCAAGUCUUUGGGUCCCUGCACCCAGGUGGGAGAUCCAGAAAAAGCUCCUGGCUCCUGGCCCAGCCAUGGCCAUUGUGGCCAUUUGGGGAGCAAACCAGCAGAUGGAAAAUGGCUCUGUCUCUACAACUUUGAAUUAUUCAUUUCAUUUAGUUGAAGGGCAAUGGCCAAUGGGGCAGGCACUGUGGUGCAGCAGGUUAAGCUGGCAUCCCAUAUGGGCACUGGCUCAAGUCCUCGCUGCUCCACUUCCGACUGCGCUCCCUGCUAAUGUGCCUGGGAAAGCAGAAGAUGGCCCAAGUCCUUGGGCCCCUGCCACCCGUGCAGGAAACCCGGAUGAAGCCCUGGCUUUGGGUUGCCCAGUCCCGGCUGGUGGCAGCCACCUGGGGAGUGAACCAGCAGAUGGAAGAUCGCUCUAACUCUGCCUUUCAAAUACAUUCCCCCUUCCCUGCCGUUCCACGUGCCCACGGCCUGAAUGCCAACAUCUGUCUUGACUUUUUGUGAAGAGCCCACAUUCACGCAGCCUUUAUCACAGUACACUUGUUGUAACUGUCCUGCAAUCUCUCACAGCUUUUCUGACUGAUAAUCAAGCUUUUCCACGGGUCUGACUGUAUGGCAGAACGAACAGGGGUUUGCUGCCACAGCCAGUGGGCAGGAACCCCCGGUGGCUCGCUGGGGACCACACAGCAACACGGACGGCAUCCUGGGUGGGCCUUGACCACACACGAGGGCAGGCCAUCCUGCCCCGGCUCCUUCCAGUGCCACCGUCCUCUGAACCAGUCUAGCAGGAAACAUGCUGCCCCGGGAAAGCCAGCGUCUCCCACUCAGGACAGUGGCUGGACGUGUUCUCUGCAAAGGGCCAGGUGGAGCUAUUCUCCGCUCCGGGGGCCUCUUUGUCCACGGCCACCACGCAGCUCUGCCGAGUGCAAAAGCAACCGCAGCCAGCGCAUACUGACGCCAGUUCUAGUCCCAACUGCUCCAUCUCCAUCCAGCUCCCUGUGAUGGCCCCGGAAAGCAGUGGGACGUGGUCCAAGUGCCUGGGCCCCUGCCAGUCACGUGGGAGACCUGGAAGGGGCUCCUGGCUCCUGGCUCCAGCCUGGUCCAGCCUGGCCUUUGCUGCCGUCUGGGCAGUACACCAGCAGAUGGCGGAUCUGCCUGUCUUUCCCUCUCUCCAACUACAGACGGUUCAACUUGCAAGUCACCGGGCCUUCUCGUUCACGUUGCCAUGCUACAGCUUUCUUGUACCAGUAAAGGAAGGAGAGCUGAGUGAGAAAUCAAUUCUGACCAUCAUGAAAUAUUAAGUAAUAAGAGCGAGAAAGACAAGAGGGUGGCACAGAACACCGACCGCUCCACAGAGCCAAGGCAGCACGGGCCUGGGGGAGACGAAGGACGGCGCCGUUAACCCUCCAGACCGCAGCAGAGCAGGUCGGGCCGCCGCCACAACGGCAUCCCACGUCGGAGCCCUAGUUUUAGUCCUAGCUGCUCCGUCUCCAGUCCAACUUCCUGCCAAGGCGCCUGGGAAGGCGGCCCAAGUACUUGGCUGCCACCCAGGUAGGAGACUGGGAUGGAAUUCCUAGCUCUUUUUGUUUUUAAAGAAUUAUUUUAGUUAUUUGAAAGACAAGAGUUACAGAAAGGUAGAGCCAAAGAGAGAGGUCUUUUAUCCGCUGGUUCACUCCCCAAAUGACCACAAUGGUCAAAGCUGAGCAGAUCUGAAGCCAGGAGCCAGGAGUUUUUCCCAGUCUCCUAUGCGGGUGCAGGGGCCCAGGGACUUGGGCCAUCCUCCACUGCUUUCCCAGGCCAUAGCAGAGAGCUGGAUUGGAACAGCAGCAGCUGGGACUCGAACCGGCGCCCAUAUGGGAGGCCGGUGCUGCAGGCUGAGGCUGUAACCCUCUGUGCCACAGCGCCAGCUCCACUGGCUCUUAACCAUGGCUGGGCCCAGCACUGGCUGUUGUGGCCGUUUGUGGAGUGAGCCAGUGGAUGGAAGAGCUUUCUCUGUCGCUCUUUCAAAUAAACAAAGAUAAAUCUUUAAAAAAAAAUCUUUCAGAAUUCAAGAUGGGGUAGGGAUCUCACCUUACAAUUUAUAGAAAUUCCAUUUAAGGAAAUUCAGGCACAAAAAGACUGUGGAACUUGUGGGCCAGAGUGCCACCGAGGCAGAAAUCCUGGGUUCUGGCUCACCAGGGCAACAGAGGAGUCGGGGAAGCACUCACCCUGAUAAUCUUCUGGUCUGUUCUUGUUGGCUCCAAAAAUCUUGAUGGUCGGAAAGCCCUGCACCCCAUACUGACCUCCCAGGGCCUGGUGCUUGUCUGCAUCAACUGCACCGACUUUUACAACAUCCUGUGGAAACACAGAAGAAGUAUCUACUUUUGUUUUCUUUUUAACCUUUACAUUUUUAAAAAGUUUAAUUUUUUAUGUGAAAGGCAGAGAAACACAAAGGACAGACUUUUUCUCAUCUGCUGGUUCACCCCUCAAACGCCCCCGGAGCUGGGGCUGGGCCAAGCCAAAGCCAAGCUGGUCUCUGACAUGGGUGGCGGGGGCCCAGAUGCCGGAGCCAUGCUUGCUGCCUCCCAGGGCCUGCAGUGCAGGAACCAGCUGGAGGGGACGAGCUGGGCCUGGAACCAGGCGCUCCGACAGGGGAUGCGCCUGUCUCAACGGCACCUUAACCACGGUGCCAAACACUGGCCCCAGAUAUCUGUUUUUCUUUCAACUGGAACAAGAUCAGAUAUGAAUCCAUCAUCAGAUCCAUGCAGUAAAGGUAAUAAAAGGCAGGUGAAGGCGACACAGAUCCUGUGAGGGCGUCAGCCUUGGAACCAGAGACACUCUUCACAGAGAGACGGACGAGGUCUGUGGAGGGAAGCCUGCCGCUCCCAGAACCCGCAGACCCAACUCCAGUUAGGACAUUUCCCAGGAAACACGAUGUGCAGAAAUAUGCGAUAUGAAAAUCAAACUGCAGGGGCCAGCGCUGCGGCGCACUAGGUUAAUCCUCCGCCUGCAGCACUGGCAUCCCAUAUGGGCGCCGGAUUCUGUCCCGGUUGCCCCUCUUCUAGUCCAGCUCUCUGCUGUGGCCCGGGAAGGCAGUGGAGGAUGGCCCAAGUGCUUGGGUGCCUGCACCCGUGUGGGAGACCAGGAAGAAGCUCCUGGCUCCUGGCUUCGGAUCGGCGCAGCUCCGGCCGUUGCAGCCAUUUGGGGAGUGAACCAACAGAAGGAAGACCUAAUUUUUCUCUUUCUCUCUGUCUGUAACUCUGUCAAAUAAAUAAAAUAAAAUCUUAAAAAACAAAAACAAAAUUACGCUGUAGAGGCAGCCUAGGAAAGACAGCUACGGUACACACAGGAGUGGGUCUGAGACCCAGCUCUGGCACGGAUGUGGGAAAAGGCACCCUAGUCCACUGUUGGCGGGAAUGCAAACCGGGAAAGCCACUUUGGAAGACAAUGUGGAGAUACCCCAGAAACCUGAAUCUAGUCCUACCAUGUGACCCAGACAUCCCACCCUUGGGAAUUUGCCCAAGGGAAAUGAAAGAGCUGUCUGCACCUCCAUGUGUACUGCAGCUCAGUUCACAACAGCCAAGACAUGGAAUCAACCUAAAUACCCGUCAGCGGAAGACUGGAUACGGAAAUUAUGGGAAAGGUACUCUAUGGAAUACUACACAGCGGUAACAAAAUGCAACAAAAUGGAGGAAUCUGGAAAACAUCAUGCUGAGUGAAAUAAGUCAGUCCCAAAGGGACAAAUACCAUAUGUUCUCCCUGAUCUGUGGCAACUGAGCACCAAAAAGGAAACCUGUAGAAGUGAAACUGACACAAUGAGAAGCAAUGCCUGAUCAACUUUUGUCCUGACUGUCGAGGAACAACUUACUAUUUUAUUCUUUUUACUAUUUCUUUUUCUACUUAAUACCAUUGGUUGAACUCUUAACACAGAAUUAUUCUUAGGUAUUUAAAUCCAACUGAAAAUUGAUCCCUGUAGAAAGUAAGAGCGGGAAUAAGAGAGGGAGGCAAUGUACACAUUCCCUCUCAGACUUACCCCUAAGGCUAAAGCUAAAAACUUGCCAAGGGACUCCAAAUCCCAUUAAGUAGGCAUGUACCAAUGUCAUCUCACUAGUCCAAGUGGUCAAUUUCUGUUCACAAUUCAUCAUAACGAUAGACUAAGAGUCAAAGGGAUCACAUAAACAAGACUAGUGUCUGCUAAUACUGAUAGAAUAAAAAAGGGAGAGAACGAUCCAACAUGGGAAGCGGGAUACACAGCAGACUCAUAGAAUGGCAGAUGUCCUAAACAGCACUCUGGCCUCAGAAUCAGCCCUUAAGGCAUUUGGAUCCGGCUGAAAAGCCCAUGAGAGUAUUUUAGGCCUGGAAAGCCAAGACACUGUGGCAAAAAAUGGCCUACAUGAAAGAUCUCUGUGAGUGAGACCCCAGUGGAAAGAAGGGACUAUCAAAAAAGGAGGUGCCUUUCUCUGAAGGGAGGAGAGAACUUCCACUUUGAUUAUGGCCUUGUCUAAAUAAGGCUGGAGUUUGUGAACUCAAGAGGCUUCCACAGCCUUGGCAGCUCAUGACAAGAGCCUCAGGUGAUUACUGACGUCAGAAAUAAGAGUGUCAAUUGUUAAAUCAACAGGAGUCACUGUGCACUUACUCUCCAUGUAGGCUCUCUGCGAGAAUUAAUGGUAAAUCUAGUACUCAAACAGUACUUUAUACUUUGUGUGUCUGUGUGCAUGCAAACUGUUGAAAUCUUUAUACAGUAUAGAGCUAAUCUUCUGUAUAUAAUUAAAAAUGAAUCUUAAUGAAGAAUGGGAUGGGAGUAGGAGAUGGGAUGGGAGUAGGGGUGGGAGGGUGGUUAUGGGGGGAAGAACUGGUAUAAUCCAAAAGCUGUACCUAUGAAAUUUAUAUUUAUUAAAUACAAAUUUUCUUAAAAA